UCCAAGCUCCAUAAGCCCCGAGAUUCCGCGCGCCUGCUUCCCUCCCGCUGGGAUCGCCCCUUCAGGCCCUCGGUGCGUCCGCUGGGGGCGCGCGCAGUGCGUGUUUGGUGGCAGCAGCGCCGGCGGCUGAGAGCGCGGGUCGCGUGGCCGUGCGUGGUUGCUAGGGGCGCCUGAGGCCGCCAGCUCGCCCGCAGGCCGAGGGAGGAAGCAGCGCGGAGCCGGCGCCCAGCCGCGGCGAAGCUGAGUCCGCUGGGCUGACGGACUUCAAGGAUGCAGCUGCUACUGCUGGAGGCACCUGGCACCUCACCUGAGCCGGGCCAUGAGGCCAUGUGGCCAUGAUGUGGGCUCCUCAUGGCCUCAGCAAGAACAGAGCACUACGAUAUCAGCCUCCGCCGGGGACACGGCUUGAAGCAGAGUGGGCCCGCAGGCACAGCGCCUACCCCGUCACCUGAGAAACCCUCCGAGGGCAAAGUCUGGGCUCAGGCUCAUCAGCAGGUGAAGCCAAUCUGGCGGCUGGAGAAGAAACACGUGGGGACACUUUCAGCAGGGUUGGGCCCGGGCCUCUUGGGUGCAGCCCCGCAGCCAGCGUACUUCUUUUGCCCCAGCUCUCUAUGUAGCUCCGGGACCGCGGCUGUCACUGCGGGCCACAGCAACUGCUGUUACCUGCACUCCCUCCCAGACCUGUUCAGCAGCACCCUGUUGUACCGCCGCUCCAACUACAGGCACAAAGCAUACCAGCAGCUGGAGUCUUUCUGCUUGCGUUCAGGCCCGUCAGAAAAAAGACCUUUCUCUCUCCCUCGAAAGAGGCUCCCCGUCAGACUCGCUGCCAACAAGGCCACAUCUUCCAAGCUCAUCCCCGUGGCAUCCUCAUCCAUGGAACCAUACUCCUCACUGGGAGCGGCCGGGGAAAGUCUUUCAGGGAGGAGCCUGGCCUCUGCCAUCUCAGGGAAGACCCCAUCUCCACUCUCCUCUUCUUCAUCUUCCUACAAACCCAUGCUGAACAACAACUCCUUCAUGCGGCCAAAUAGCACUAAAGUGCCUUUAUCGCAGGCCACAGAGGGCCUGAAGCCAGCAUCCUCACCCAAGGUCCAGCUCAUCUCCUGGCAUCACUCAGGGGGCACUGGAGACUGUGCGUCCCAGCCUGUUGAGCACAAGGUGCCCAAGAGCAGUGGCCCUGCCCUAGACGACACCCCUGCCCACAGCACGCUGUCUACCCCCAGCUCCUUGGACACCUCCACCACCAGUGUUGCCUCUUCCCUCUACAACCGGAGUAACUUAGUCACCAGGACUGAGUCACAUCCCUACGGCCUAGAUGGUGACCCUGUUUCCCAGACUCUGACUAAGGAGGUUCGGUUCACUGAGGCUGUGAGGAAGCUGACUGCAAGAGGCCUUGAGAAGAAACCAAGGCAAGGCUACCAUUUUGAACAGACUUACUUCAUGAACCCCAGCUUGCAGUGGGAUCUCCUCAACCAGAACAGGCGGUGGAAACCUCCUGUGGCCAGCCAGCAGGUCCCUCAGGAGGACACUGGAGCAGACAACAGGGUCCUCCCUGCAGUCUCAGACCCUGGGGGCUUGGACAGUGCAGUCUUCUGUACCAAACGCAUCAGCAUUCACCUCCUUGCCUCACAUACCAACGGGCUCAGCUAUAGCCCUGCGUGCGGAUCUGCGAUCGAUUCCUCACUUCUUGGAGAAGGCAAGACUCCAGUUCUGCCUUCUCCACCUCAGCCCCUUGGUGUAGCAGAGGUGGCCACCCGCCUCUCUUCCAUCCAUCUGGGCAAACUUGGGAGAGAAGGGCCUAAGGAAGCCAGGGAGCUGAACUCACCUCCUAGGACUGUUGGUUCAGCUACUGACCUCCAGCUAGACCCGGUUGAAAUGGAAGAUCUGGAAGAAGAACUACUAGAUGGUUUGGAAGACUGCUGCAGCCAGGAUGAGAACGAAGAGGAGGAGGGAGACUCAGAGUGCUCCUCGUGCAGUGCUGUCUCCCCCAGCGAGUCAGUAGCAGUGAUCUCUCGGAACUGCAUGGAGUUUCUGACCAAACCCCUUUCCAAUGAGAAAGUUGUUCGACCAGCCCUCAUCUACAGUCUCUUUCCCAACGUGCCCCCCACCAUCUAUUUUGGCACUCCAGAUGAGAGAGUGGAGAAACUUCCUUGGGAGCAGAGGAAGCUGCUCCGGUGGAAGAUGAGCACAGUGACCCCCAACAUUGUCAAGCAGACUAUUGGACGUUCCCACUUCAAGAUCAGCAAGAGGAAUGAUGACUGGCUGGGCUGCUGGGGUCACCACAUGAAGUCUCCUAGCUUCCGAUCCAUUCAGGAGCAUCAGAAGCUAAACCACUUCCCAGGUUCAUUCCAGAUUGGGCGCAAGGACCGACUGUGGCGGAACCUGUCCCGCAUGCAGAGCCGUUUUGGCAAGAAGGAGUUCAGUUUCUUCCCCCAGUCCUUCAUCCUGCCCCAGGAUGCCAAGCUCCUGCGCAAAGCCUGGGAGAGCAGCAGCCGCCAGAAGUGGAUUGUUAAACCACCAGCGUCUGCUCGAGGAAUCGGCAUCCAGGUCAUUCACAAAUGGAGUCAGCUCCCCAAGAGGAGGCCCCUUCUGGUACAGAGGUAUCUCCACAAACCCUACCUCAUCAGUGGCAGCAAGUUCGAUCUACGGAUCUAUGUUUACGUCACCUCCUACGAUCCUCUACGGAUUUACCUCUUUUCAGAUGGGCUCGUCCGCUUUGCCAGUUGCAAGUAUUCCCCUUCCAUGAAGAGCCUUGGCAACAAAUUCAUGCACCUGACCAAUUACAGUGUCAAUAAAAAGAAUGCUGAGUACCAGGCCAAUGAAGAUGAAACAGCCUGCCAGGGCCACAAAUGGGCACUGAAGGCUUUAUGGAGCUACCUGAGCCAGAAGGGAGUCAACAGUGAUGCCAUCUGGGAGAAGAUAAAGGAUGUUGUUGUCAAAACCAUCAUCUCGUCAGAACCCUAUGUGACCAGCCUGCUGAAGAUGUACGUGAGGCGGCCUUACAGCUGCCACGAGCUCUUUGGUUUUGAUGUCAUGCUGGAUGAGAAACUCAAGCCCUGGGUUCUAGAAGUGAACAUCUCCCCCAGCCUCCACUCCAACUCUCCGCUGGACAUCAGCAUCAAAGGCCAGAUGAUCCGUGACCUUCUGAACCUGGCAGGCUUUGUUCUGCCCAAUGCAGAUGAUAUCGCUUCCAGCUCCAGCAGCUCCAGCAGCUCCACCACCAGCCUGCCCAGCUCUCCCAGAGACAGAUGUCGAGUGGCCCCAGAGUACUUCACUGCACAGAAGAUGAAGAAAGCCUAUUACCUGACCCAGAAAAUUCCUGAUCAGGACUUCUACGCAUCUGUGCUGGAUGUCCUGACACCAGAUGAUGUUCGGGUUCUAGUCGAGAUGGAGGAUGAGUUUUCUCGCCGUGGUCAAUUCGAACGCAUUUUCCCAUCUCGAAUCUCUUCUCGCUAUCUCCGCUUUUUUGAGCAGCCACGAUAUUUCAACAUUCUCACCACCCAGUGGGAACAGAAGUACCAUGGCAACAAGCUCAAAGGAGUAGAUCUGCUUCGGAGUUGGUGCUACAAAGGGUUCCACACAGGAGCCAUCUCUGAUUCUGCUCCAGUGUGGACUCUCCCGGCCUCAGUUCUGACUGUCCCAAAGGCUGAUGUGACACUCAGUGCUUUCUCCAAGCAGGAGACUGUCAAGCUGAGAAAACAUGGCUCCACCGAGCAAAAUAUACCGCUGUCUGAAGAUGGGACCAUGCCCAAGCUGAAGAAGACCCAAGCUGGCCUUUCCCCUCCUCCCAGGAAACUCAGUUCCUCAGAGGACAGUGAGGACACCAGCAAAGAGCCCAGCCUCUCCACCCAGUUGUUACCUGUGAUCAAGUACUCUGGGCAGACUUCAAGACUCUCCGCUUCCACCAGCUCCCAGUCAGCUGGUGGCUCCCUCCUGGCUGCUGUGAGCCUGUGACAGGCCUCUCUCCACUAGCCUGCCCAGGCAUACCAGCGUCAGCUACCUCACGGGAACCGGCCGGCCGGCCAGCCUGAGCCCCGACCCCCUCCACUCUGCCCCUCCUCAGAGUAUUUUUUGAAGUGGUUGAAUUGUAGAGAUGGGUAUUCGGCGGGCUGGAGGGGUGGUUGGGAGGGGGAGAAGGUGAGACAGGUUCACUGGCUGGCACCUCAUAUCUCAGCAGAGAAGCUAAUGAUGGCUACUCAGCCUUAUAAAGCAGGGUUUGGUUUCUA